GUACACAACACUCCAGCCAAUACAUUUGUAGUAUAUCGUCCUUACAGCUUCCCUCACUACUCACUAGUAUUUCAUCUUCCUCAAUUUUUGUAACAAUGGAAAUGGUUGGAAAAAUUGCAUGCUUUGUGGUUUUGUGCAUGGUCGUGGUUUCACCCCAUGCAGAGGCACUGACCUGCGGCCAGGUUCAAUCUGGCUUGGCACCCUGCCUCCCUUAUCUACAGGGUAGCGGCCCUCUUGGAGGCUGUUGUGGCGGAGUUAAAGGUCUUUUGAGUGCUGCCAAGACCCCAGCAGAUCGCAAGACAGCAUGCACUUGCCUGAAAUCAGCUGCUAAUUCUAUUAAGGGCAUUGAUGCCGGCAAAGCCGCUGGUCUCCCUGGUGCUUGUGGCGUCAACAUUCCCUACAAGAUCAGCCCCUCCACUGACUGUUCCAAGGUCCAGUAAGGCACAUAAAAGAUCAGUUCUCCACCGCGUGAUUUGGUAGUAGCGCAAUCAUGAGGAGAAGAAUAAGGAUGGAUAUUGGAGUGCAUGUGAUCCUGCUUUGGAUCCAUGUCUAUGUUUUAAUUAUCAGUUGUAUCUUUCUCUUUUUAUGUGUGUCUUUUAAUUUGGAGUCAUAAUCGAGUCUUGUAAUGAACCUUGGCGGUUGGUUGUAUUACAACCUAAUCUUCAUAGUAAUACAUAUUCUACUAUCCUUUAUUCCUA